AUGUCGACUGCCCUUGCAGAAAUCGAUGCCAAGGGUGGGGUCGGCGACAAGUCAAUUUGCGCUGCAUGUGAUCAGGAGUACUCAGAAAAAGAUUUUGCUUCCAGGGGAGGGAAGCGUGUGACCCGCUACGCAGAUCAUUGUCCCUGUUGCAGCUUGGAUUUGAGAAAGAUCAUGAACGCCGCCAAGUCUGAGGAGGGUGAUGCUGCUGGGGGACCAACCACGGCGGGGAGCAACAUCACCCAUAUGGAUACACUUGCAACCAGCGAUUGGCUACGAAAGUUGCAGCGAGAACAACCAGAUGAAUAUAAGAAGGUGUUCAAGGACUUCAAAGACAACGUGCCGAACGAGACCGGAGGAAGGUCCAAAAAGAGGACACCUUGGAAACCCAAACAAUUGAUUACAACCAAGGUGACUGAGGCGACAAAACAAAGCCGAUUCUCCAACAACUUUGAGGAUAUGCGUCUUGGGAGGUUUAUCGAGUUCUUCACGAAGGAAGCGGACCCUGACGAGAGGAUGACAGAGGCAGAGGCCAGGAUUUCGUUCUUGAGAGAACCCAAGAAAAGGGUUAAGGUCUAUAGCAUCAAGAGACAACAAAUGAUAGAAGUUGAGGUAGUGUCAGUGGCAACUGGCCUCACCCGCCACAAUGAGCACAUUGGCGCUGAGCGGCAUACUGCUACCGAAGUGGUUGAGACGGUGAACAACGAACCAACUCUGAAAUGGAUGGGAAAAAUCGCCAGUGACGACACGAAGUUGGACACCGAUGCUGAUGCCGGCAGGGAAAAAAAACAAAAGGGCCAGGGGAGCAAAAAGAAGGACACGGACAUCUCCACGGUGCGUCUGCGGGCUGCUACCAAGCUGUUGAAUCAGCGCAAGCUGCUUGCCGCCAUGUUGCAGGAUUCAAAUGAGAAGUGCAAGGCAUGGUUCGCUGAGCACCAGCAAUUGGUCGACAAGACCAAUGAUCUGGUCUCAAAAGGAGUCACGGAGGACCGAUUGCUUGCUGAAAGUGAUGUGUUCGGACUCGAGGACAACGCCAGCGUGAUCAAAAUGAUCUAUGCAAUCCUGGCCAGAUCCAAGCUGCUGUCACUGCUGGGCAAUGGUCUGCCAGGUUGCAAAGAUGAAACUGAGAUGACUCUGGAUGUGUUGAAUGCAAAGCUUGCAGAGGAGAUCUCACAGGAUCCCUUCAUGCAGGAGCAGGCUAGCAAGAUGAUUCCUUGGAGGGAGCUCAGUGACCCCGAGGGACUAUAUGCUCCGUGCACUUCCCCUACCCAGAUACAGGAGGUUGAAACCGUACACCUGGAACGCAUCAGCCACUCCAAAACAGCUGUUGCGGCUUUGAAACGGUCUAUGAAGGACAGGAACAAUAUUGUUUUUAUGUGCCCGGUGAUGUCUGGUGAAUGGGGCAACAACAGUUAA